UGCCUCUAAAAAGACAACAAAAAAAUUGUUUCGUGAAAAUUUUCGUAUUUUACGAUGAAAUUAUUGUGUAUUGACAUCAAUAUUUGCCGCGUUUGCAAGAGACAGAGUGAAGUUUCAAGUCAAUCCAUCUUCGAAACUGAUUUAGGAGACAAAUUUCGGUACUUAACAGGCCUUCAAGCGACUCCAGACGAUGGAUUACCCUCAAAACUGUGCGAAAAAUGCAUCAUGCGUCUCAAAGUUGCUUUCGACUUCAAGAAGGAAAGUCACUCUGCUGAUACCAACUUUCGUCAAUUCAUCGCCAAAGUAAAUGCUCAAUUUCAGGAAUUGACAAUUAUCAACGAAACAUCGACAAAUGACUCGGAUUUGGAACUUCUUGUGACAGCAAAUUCCGUUUCAGCUGCGAAACCGGAAAAAAGUCAAAGUCAGUCGUUCGUUCAAGGUGUGAGACUUCAACCACAGAGCACGAACCUGCCAACGACGGUCGUUCAUCAAGUUCCCGCCCAAGAAGCGCCAAAAGAGGAAAUUUACUCCUUUGACAUGGUCGAAGACGAACAAGAAGCGGAAGAAAUUGAGGAAGAAACGAUUGAAGAAUAUCACACAGUAGCGGAAAGUCCUCAAGUUGUCUACAUCGCGAUCGACAAUCAAAAUUUCAACGAACAACAAAAUUCCGUGAAAGAACAAAAAACCAACGAAAAUCCCGUGAAACCGCCCAAAGAAGCAGGCAAGGAGCAUUAUUGCAGUCAAUGCGACAAAAGUUUCAGCACAAAAACGAACUUGUUUCGACAUGUUGCCACGCACGAUGGACGUCGCCCGUACGUUUGUAACGUUUGUCAGAAACGUUUUUCCCAAAAUUCCAGUUUGAAGCAACAUCAUCUGCUGCAUACGGGCGAAAAACCGUACAAAUGCAGCGUUUGCGAGCAAAGUUUCACCCAAUCCAAGAGUUUGACGUUCCAUAUGCGCCGUCACACGGGCGAAAAACCCUUUAGAUGCGAAAUUUGUAACACGAUGUUUCGACAAAAAGAUGGCUUGAAACGGCAUAUUUUGCUGAAACAUGAGAAAAAGGAACCACGAGAGAUUUUUAGCUGCGAUAUUUGCACAAAAGUGCUCUUUUCGAGAUAUUCUUUGGCGAACCAUAAGCGGAAACAUGCGAAUAAAGAUAAAAGUUCAGACAAGGGUGAAGAGAAGGUUUCUGUGGUAAAAGUUGGGAAGUAGAGGCAAAAAAAAUGAAUAAUUAACAGCUGUUAAGUCCUUAGAAUAAUUUUUUAAAUGAAAAAAUAUGACAAAAUUAGAUUUAAGUUUUAAAGGAGAUUUUU